GCGGGUGACAUUCAGCCGGCCAGUCGGGGCGACGGACUUUCCGUCCGACAACCAUGGCCCAGUUUGUCCGUAACCUCGCGGAGAAGGCCCCGGCGCUGGUGAACGCUGCUGUGACUUACUUGAAGCCCAGAUUGGCGACAUUUUGGCACUAUGCCAAGGUUGAGCUGGUUCCUCCAACCCCUGCUGAGAUCCCUACAGCUAUUCAGAGCUUGAAAAAAAUUAUCAAUAGUGCUCAAACUGGUAGCUUCAAACAGCUUACAGUUAAGGAAGCUCUUCUGAAUGGUUUGGUGGCUACUGAGGUGUGGAUGUGGUUUUAUGUUGGCGAGAUCAUAGGCAAGCGUGGCAUCAUUGGCUAUGAUGUUUGAAGACCAAUCUUUAACAUGUAUUAUAUUUGCUUUAUUAUGUGGGUGUCCUUGGACCACGUGUGAGCAGACGGCUAUUUGAAUAAAAUAAGACAGUGUGUCAAAAUC